AUGAGCAACAUAAAAGGUGUAGAAUAAUAAACAAAGUCUAAAUACCAUGAACCACAUGUCGAGAAUGUAUUAGUUGGUUUGAGAUUAAGACCCACAGAUUCCAAUGAUAAAAUAUGUAAUAUCGUCAACGAGAAAUCAGUCAUUGUUAAAAAAUCCAAUGAGCGCUUUUCAUUUGAUAAUGUAAAACUAUCCAAAUAAAAAUAGGUUUUUGAUGAAUCCGCAUCCUCUAAGGAUAUCUUCACUAAAAUGGUCUAACCUAUUGUACAGAAAUGUCUUUAAGGGUAUAAUGGCUCCAUCUGUGCAUAUGGGUAGACAAGUUCAGGAAAAACUUAUACAAUGAAAGGUAGCAACAAGGAACCAGGACUUAUUUAGUUAUCAAUUGAUUAUCUACUCCAAUCCAUCAAUAAAGUUUAAAUUCAUCUUGAUCAUAGAUUACAGACACAUUUUGCACCUUAAAGAUAUCGUAUAUUGAGAUUUACAAUGAAAAUAUAUACGAUCUAUUGAUCAGGGAUCUGUAAGAAAUGAAACCCAACACAUCAAAUGAAUACAAAUGGGAAACCAUCAAUUCUUUAAAUUAAUUCGAAGAAAUUUUGUAAUAAUUAUAGCUUAUUAAUUUAGUAAAUUGGGCGAAGAAUAAAGACAUUUUGGAGAAACUAAGAUGAAUGACAAUUCUUCUAGAUCUCAUGUCAUAUUGUAGAUUGCCAUAGAGACAAGAUAGAAGUGUCCUCCCUUUAUCAUUCGUAAUUCACAUCUCCAUCUGGUCGAUUUGGCUGGUUCUGAAGGAUUAUCGAAGACUCAGGCUGAAGGUUUGAGAAGAAAAGAAGGAUUUCUAAUUAAUAAAAGUCUAUUAGCACUUUAAAAUGUUGUUUCGAAACUCAAGGAAAAUAAAAAGGAUUAAUAUGUUAAUUUUAGAGACUCAAAAUUAACUAAGAUACUUAAACCUAGUUUGAAUGGUAAUUCAUUAACUGUGAUGCUGUUAACUAUCAGUUAACAUAAUGAAAAUUAUUUAGAAUCUGUUAAUACCAUGAGAUUUGGUAUGUCAGCUGGUGCUCUGAAAAAUACUGUCAACAUAAAUGAGAUUUAAGAAUCUAAUAAUUUUUAAAAUGAGGCCUACAAUGAAAUGAUCGAACAAGUCGAGACCUACUAAGUAUAAUUAUAAGAAGCACAAUAAUAAUUAGACUUUUAUAAGAAUUAAAGUUUGGAUGAACAAAAUACAAUAAAAUAAAUAAAGGAAUUAGUCAUAGAAAAAAAUAUCUUAAUUGAAGAUCAAUUGAAAACAAUUACAGAACUCAAUAUAGAUAAGUAGCGACUUUAAGAUUAAAUUAACUAAUUGUAGAGAUGCAAUUAGGAAUUAAUUGCUACAUCAAAUGAAAAUUCAAAUUAUUUGAAUUACUUUAGAAAUAUUGUAGAAACAAAAGGAGUCUUGAAUCCAAAAUUAAUGGUUGAAUGCAUAACUUAAACUGAUAGUUGUGAAGCUGAUCAAUAAAUUAAAGUAUUAGAAUAGGAAAAUAUUUCAUUGAAAUAAUAGAUUAGUGAGAUGAAAAAUAAAUUCUCAUAUGAGAUACAAGAUGUUAAGGAAAUGGUUUCAGGGAUUAAAAAAAAUAAAGAAUUUACACCAGCAAAGAAAUUAAAAUUUUAAUCAAAUAAAGAUUUGGAUUUAUAGAAUGACAAUCAAAAGGAAACAAAAACUUGGCUAUAAAAAAGUCUCUAAAAAACAAAUCAAUAUUUGGAAACUCUAACUCUUUUAAGUAACUAUUUAAUUCUAUUUCAAAAGCUACACUCUAAACUCAAUUGAUUGAAUAAACUAAAUAGAACAUGAUAUUACGUAACUUUUUGGAUAAAAAAGAACAAGAAUAUACUGAAUUGGAGAGAGCCAAUUUUGUACUUCACAAAUCAAUCUUUGAUUUAUAGGAAAAGUUGAGUGAAAUACAAAAUGAUGAAAAAAAAGAAAAGUAAUAUUUUACAUUAACUUUACUUAGUGUUUGGAAAAUGAAUUCCGAAAAAUCGAAUAAAUAAGAAUCUCUCAUCAAGAAAAGAUAGAGACUCUAUUAGAGUCCAACAAAGGAUGAAUUAAAAAGGAAUCUAUUUAGAUAGGAAUAAAGGAAUUAGAUCUAUGAAAAAGAAUUAAAUAAGUACAUGAAGAAUUUGGAUUAAAGUACUUUAGUUAUAUAUUAAUUAGUAUCAAAAUAAAAAUAAGAAUUAUAAUAGUUUUCACAUCAUUUAUAUAUGGCUUGCAUAGAGAACAAUAUUUAAAUAUGA